AGAGUAGAUACAUAAUGAGAGUGUUUUCAUUUUGUCAAAGGAAUAAAACAUUCUAAGAGCAGCGGAGCCUAAAUUGCCAGUUGCUGGUAUGACAUUGCAACCCAGAACGCUGAUAUAUAUAACACACUGUUGUCACUUGCAGACAAUAACAGGGUUUCUUUUUGUUUUCGGACUGUAGCUGUGUCAGCGUGUUAUGAUGCCGUCUCGUACCAACCUGGCUACUGGAAUCCCCAGUAGUAAAGUGAAAUACUCAAGGCUUUCCAGCACAGACGAUGGCUACAUUGACCUUCAGGGAGAAACUAACUUCUAAAGCCAGCAGAUUGUGGGAAUCUUCCUUCUUUCCUGCUGUCAUGAGAUCCAAUUUAUUAAAGUUUAAGAAAAGCCCUCCUAAGAUCCCAUAUAAGGCCAUUGCGCUUGCUACAGUGCUGUUUUUGUUUGGCGCCUUUCUUAUUAUCAUAGGCUCCCUCCUGCUGGCGGGCUAUAUCAGCAAAGGGGAGGCAAACCAGGCCGUUCCCUUCCUGAUCAUUGGCAUCUUGAUGUUCCUGCCAGGAUUUUACCACCUGCGCAUCGCCUUCUAUGCAUACAAAGGCUACCGGGGUUACUCCUACGAUGACAUUCCAGACUUUGAUGACUAGCACCCACAUCAGCCCUGAGGAGAAGAGUCACAGAUGGGACUGAGCCCAGCUUCAAGACAUUGAGCAGAAACUAUGACUAAGGGCUAAGGAAUUCUGCAGUUUGCAGAUGUUUAACAAAACAAUGGCCAGAUUUUAUGGGUCCACCCUAAAGAUGUUAACUGAGGUUACAAAUAGCUGAUUAGGACAUGCUCUACUUUUCAUCUCCUGGCCCUGGAAAAAGCUUGUGACAAGUUUUUCCACAUGAAUGUGUAUCAUGCAAGAAUGGCAGUGGUAAUUGUACAGGAAAGCAGGAGGGUACUCUAUAGUGGAAAGUGUUGCUGCCACCACCCUUUUUAGAAUUGAGCAUUUAUUUAAAUAGUUCUCAUCAUCAGUUUGCUCUUGUGACAAAUGGAAGAAUAUGGUGUGUUAAAUUUCUUAUUACUAAGUAAUUUAUUUUGAAAAUAUCUAAGUUAUCCCCUCUACUCAUCUCUAACUUCGUGUUCUAGUGGAAGACCUUGGCAAAGUCAAAUAUCAGUGUGGGUGCAUCUGUAAUGUUUUUUACUUGCUUGCUUAUUAACCAGCAACCAGGAAUUUUUUAAACCUCAGAGCAGUUUUCAAAAUGUAAACAUUUUCUCUUUUCACCAAUCUUUGGCCAGCUCUGAUCUGGUUCACCAGUAGGUUGGCCAGCAUAUAAUUAAGGUCAUUCUGUCCUUUGUAGAUCAAGAUGUACUGUAUAUCAUGCCUUUAAGGACUGGACUUUUGGCUGUUUCCUAAGGAAAAAUGUAGAUAAGUGGCUUUUAGACUUUAUAACCCCAUUGUUAGCACCUUGUAUUAUGAUGUCAUGCUGCUGAAGAUCUCAAGACUUGGCCUGGAUCCCUAGAGGACUAGACUGCCUUAGUUUGAUUCUGUUUCCUAGCUUGCAAAAAGUGGCUUAUAGUCAAAAGAAAUUAAAAUGUCAAAAUCUAAA